GGUGUUUAAGGUGUCACAAGAGCUGGUUCCAGAGAAACGUGUUCAGUCAGUGAGGAUACGAGAAGCUGGCCUUUGGCAUCCCCUUGAUGCCUUUUCACACGUUGGGGAUAAUUCCUGACCCCAGCGUGUGCUUUGCUUUGCAUUCAUGGUAGAUGUGCUGACAACAAGAAUGACAAUUCUUCACACAGCACAAACUGGGGAGACCUAACUGGAUGCAGACACUUCUGUCUAAACAUCCCAGCUGUCACUGUAAUGUGCAUGAUCCAGGAACUGACUCAUCCAUAUUCGUCUGGGGACCGCAGAGCCACAGGCUGCUGUGUCACAGGGCUGGGAACAUUUGUGCUCCGAGGAGGUACAACUGCUUAUUCCAAGUGAGUGAAACCGCAAGAAGCUCCAUACUCCUGCAUGGUUGAAAUCCUGAGAAGCGUCAGCUGAGCAGUGCAGCAGGAGCCAUGUCUCUGCCUUUCCGAAAAGAGCUGGAGAAAUACAAGAAUAUCAAUGAAGACGAAAUACUAAGCAAACUCUCGGAGGAUGAACUGAAACAGCUAGAGCAUGUUCUUGACGACCUUGAUCCUGAGAACGCCUUGCUUCCAGCCGGAUUUCGGCAGAAGGACCAGACCACUAAAUCCGCCACGGGUCCCUUCGACAGAGAACGCCUGCUUUCGUACUUGGAGAAGCAAGCGCUUGAGCACAAGGACAGGGAAGACUUUGUGCCAUUUACAGGGGAGAAGAAAGGAAAAAUAUUUAUCCCUAAAGAAAAACCCAUAGAAACUCGUACAGAAGAGAAAGUGACCCUGGAUCCAGAACUAGAAGAAGCCCUGGCCAGCGCCUCAGACACCGAGCUCUAUGACCUUGCAGCUGUUCUUGGAGUGCACAACAUGGUCAACAACCCUAAAUUCGAUGAAGGAGGAGCCCGCAGUAAAGAUGGAAAAGAAAUUGUGAGAAAUGUGGUCAAAGGUGAAAAGGUCAAGCCCAUUUUUGAGGAGCCACCUAAUCCCACCAACGUGGAAGCAAGUUUACAAAGGAUAAAAGCAAAUGAUCCUAGUCUCACAGAAAUUAACCUGAACAACAUAAAGAACAUCCCUAUUCCAACACUGAAAGAAUUUGCAAAAGCUUUGGAAAGCAACACACACGUGAAGACAUUCAGCCUUGCAGCUACUCGAAGCAAUGACCCCGUAGCUAUUGCAUUUGCAGAUAUGCUGAAAGUGAACAAAACAUUGAAGAGUCUGAAUGUAGAAUCCAAUUUCAUCACUGGGACCGGUAUUUUGGCACUGAUUGAUGCACUGAAGGAGAACGAAUCCCUGACAGAGAUCAAAAUUGACAACCAGAGGCAGCAGCUGGGGACGGCUGUAGAGAUGGAGAUUGCCAAGAUGCUGGAGGAGAACUCCAAGAUUCUCAAGUUUGGGUACCAGUUCACAAAGCAGGGCCCAAGAACCAGGGUAGCAGCGGCAAUCACUAAAAACAACGAUCUAGUUCGCAAGAAGCGAGUGGAGGCAGAGCGGCAGUAGCCACGCCACGGCCGAUGCAAGGCAAGACCGGAGCCUGCCAGCAGCUGCACUCUCAGAGCGUUCACUGGUCAGAAGGCAAGACACUGGAAAACCAUUGCAAUGGGAGUUGCUUGUUUCUGUUAAUGUUUCCUCUUAACCUUGAAAAUGCAGCCUGAUCACUUUUAACUUCCAUAGUUAAUUUAAUUCUUAUGAAAGAUUAAUAGUUGGUUUGAAUUUAAUGAAAGUUUCACAAUAUCUGAAACCAAUAUGCAGAAUCUUAACUGUGUUACUGAGCAUAACGUAUAGUGACAUUGACCCUUACUUUAGACACUUCCAUGUGUUAAAAUAUGAUCUCAUGUAUGGAUAAGGGAUCCUCUGCUGAAAAUAGAAACUUUAGGGCCAAGUCCUGCAAUGCCUUAUGUUUGCAAAUAAUCAAUCCUUACUUCUGUGUGUACAGUCCUGCUGAACUGAGUCCUGCAAUGGGAUGCUCCUAGGAGUAGAACUAGUAACACCACCACAGGUUUGUGGGGUCUCACCCCAAGCCCCUCUCCUGCAGCAGGACCUGGGCAGGGGGACGGUGCCGAACAGCACCCUGCUGCGGGGCUCCACGCGUCCCAGUCCGAGUGAAGGAUCACACCGAGGUAUACCAAUGUUGUCAAAGCAUACUUGUUUACAUAAGCUUAGGUGGAUCGUUUUGCAAUGUUAUACUGGCAUUUGCUAUCUUUACCCCAGAGAGUAAAGUAAUGGUAGUGCUGCCAAUCCUGGAUACUUUGAAUGUUAGAUUUUUUUUUUCCUAGGCCAACAGGUUUUUGUUUUUUACUAGAAUGCACAGUUUACAGCUAUUAAUCUAAACAAGUAUUCUACGCGAUAUUUGUUUUGCAUUGAGCCAUGUGUUUGACCUUUUUAAGUUGUUGUUUAUGUACAUUUGUUAGUAUUAUAGAACUGUUCUCAGGACCUUUUAGAUGAAGGUUAAUUAACUAGUUAAUCCUGGACAGCAGCUAUGCCACCAGGAAAAAACACGACGAGGGUAGUUGGACCAACUGCAGAACUUUAUUUAUAGGCUUCAGUCAGGUAUUUGUGUUAGUGCUUGGCUAAGUAAGGGCAGUUUUAAGCAUAGGCACAAACGCUUUGCUAAAUCAGGCCUUAACUCAGAUGCUGUACAAAUUCUUAACCCCGUGGAAAGCACUCAUGAAGCAGUGGUUAACCCCGACCUGCAACAGCAUCAACAUUUUAGUAAGAAUUAAGUCUGAUAUUUUGCUUUGUGAAUUUUACAGCUUAGAAUUAUUCUCUACCACUGUUUUAACACUGCCAACAGUUGCCUCUGACAAACAGCCAGGGGUUCAUUUUGGCUGUCUGUAAGCAUCCUGUGAAGCUAAGGGAGACUUGGGUUAGGCAUCUUGUUGACUCCAAUGCUUGCAGAAAGCCUCCAGGCAUCAGGAGACCCCAGCACGGGUUUGGCUGCACAAAGCUGGAGUGCAAGCUAAGGGGAUGCACUCUCCCUCCGUGCCUUUUUCAUGGAAAUGAGUAGGUCUGAGGCAAGGCUCUUCCUGUAGGAUACUUGCCUUCACAGGGUCCACAAUGACUAAUAUACACUUCAAUCGCGCCUAAACUAAUUUGCUGAAGUAGGCUGCUGUGUUGGGAUCUGAAGUACAGUAUCCACAGCUGACUUCCCUGGAGAGCUCCUAGUCUUUACAGUUUCCACCUUCCUUCCCUUCCUCAGAAAAAGGCCACAACCUUUGCUUUGCAAGUAAAAAACAUAACACGGGAGUCUUGCUGAAAUUUUCCCUGGAUCCAUGCAGGAUUUGUUGUGGAAAAAAUCAGAUAUUCCUUUAAAAAUAGCAAGUUCUGUAACACAGUCAUAACUCUGCAUGGUCUUAAAUAAGCAGCCCUUAAAAAACAAGUGGAUUAGCAGGGUGAUACUGGACUUUGCAGUAAGAGUCCUCAUCCCCAAAGCCAAAAGAUUUUGGUUGCUGACAGACCUCAGUGAUUAGAAUCACACUGUUCCUAUUUCCUUCUUUUAUUUUGUUCUAACUAAGGGAAUUCCAACCAUCAUUUUUUUAAAAUGUAUUUUAAUUUUUUUUGUCGGUAACUUUUUUUUAAGGACGGUACAUUUAUGCGUGCAAGGGAAACAAGUGCAAUCCAUUUCUAGUCUUAAUUGCCAUUUCAAGUGUCGGUGUUUGCAUGCAGCCGUUCCGUAAGGACGGGUUGGCCUGGCUGCUUCUCCAUGUCUGCAGCAUGCCAUCCUGUAUAGCUUUGCUCCGAGCCACGCAGGUGCUUGCGCCGUCAGGUGGCUCUGUUCCUGCCAGCUACAGUUUGUGUCAUGGACCAAGGUAACCGCUCGGGAAGGCCAAGCGGCCGCCUCCUUCCCUUCAUCUGCCAUGCUCUUCGCACAGGCACGUUGCCUCUGCGGGGAUGACUCCUCAGGCACUCGAGCACCAUCUCCAACACCAGCCCCAGCAGGCACCAGCAGGCAGCACCCGGAGCCACGCACCUCUCGGCGGGGCCCUGGCUCCUUCCAGCACGUGAGCAGAACUGGCGGGGCCUCGCCCUUUCCUCCAGGCAGCUUCUGCCAGCCUCUGCCCCUCUCUCAGUGACCGGGGACAUCUGUCCUGCCUCUCUGUAUGCCCCACACAAGGGCUUGGUCAGCCUCUGGCCUUGAGCAUCACAAACGAUGCAACGAUAAAAGGAUCUGUUUGAUACAACAGCAUACGAUGGUGAUGCUUGAAGGCAGAUUUCCGUAUUUAUAGGACGAUUUAGCUGGUUAAAUCCCUGCAAGUAACAGGAAGGGGGGCAGGAUGUGACUAGUCCCUUUUAGUGCUACACUUUCAUCUAGCAUACUUGAUCCUGAAUGGGGGACAGGGACAGAAGAGUCCUUUUUCUUAAGCAAACCUUCAGGAGUAACUUCGUCUACUUUUGCACAUUGCUUCUCGUGUUGACAGCUUCAGUUUUGUUUCUAUUUUUUAUACAGUUUUUUCAUGGAAAAGCUCAACUUUGUUCGUGUCCUAACAUGUAUGUGACUGGUAGCGUGCACUAAGGACAGUGUGGUGUACAUGUUAAACUCUA